AGCAAUGGCGUCUUCGUUCGUUGCAUUUCUUGGGAUGUCGCUUCUAGGCUGUUCAGCGACUCUAGACGUUGCGGUGUGGUCUAACAUAAGAUUCAUUACCGAAAACUCCAGAGCGUUGUGGAACGAAAACAGUGAAGGACUAGUAAAUCAAGUGUAUACAGCGAGUAAAGUUGUAAUGCUGGUAGCCGAAGAUAGCAGUUGUCUGACCCAGUUGCUGAUUGAGGAUCGCGUUAUGCUACAUGACGCACCGAGAGAUGUGGAAAGGAAGCUACUAGAAGUCGUUCGAGAUAAGAAUGGGGUCGAGGACAUUCUUGAAAUCUUUGCAGCAGAUUUGAAAAGCGACGAUGUGGCUAUGACUUCAUCUGUGUUCAUUCUACAUGUACACCCUGAUUCAAUCAGAAAGGCUGAGAAAUUAAUUGGGGACCUCAUACUAUCCCAACUUGAGGAAGUGGUCGUUUUUGCUGCAAUGCCUGCUACCGAGGAUGACAAGAUGUGGCAAAGCCGGCAUCUUCUUGCUGCAUCAGAGUCAGCUGAUGCGGACAACAAAACCGAGACCACACAUGACAAAAUUGUUAUUAGCACAUCAAACCCAAUAGAAAAUGGUUCACAAAUUCUACUAUAUGCUGGCAGGCUCACCAUCACUGUGAACAAUGAAUCAGUCGAUUGCUGCAGCAUAGAAAGACAUACUAAAUUAGCAGUUGUCUUGCAAAAUGUCUUUGCAUUUAAUGAUACAGAAAAUAAUCAUAGGGGACUUGGAAUUUCUGUUGACAUCUCUGAUGCUUUUCAAGGGCAUCAUAAUCUUUCUGUUAACGUUACUGAUGCGUAUCUAAUCAUCUAUGUGUUCUUAAAAAACUCUUUCUGGUCUGUUAAGAAAAUGGAGUUUAAUGCCAUGAUUGAUGGCAAGGAAACUAGUGUUUUGCUCAAGAGUACGAAUCGUACUGAUACGUCGUAUCAAAAAAGUAUAAAGGGUGUGCCAAAGAGGACUGCAUUCAAAUGUACUCCGGAAAUUGUUUAUUCAAACAUCAGUCAUCAGUUGGAUUCCGAGACUGCUAACAUCACUGUCACCUUCACUAAUCUGCAGUUCGAUCCGUUUCUCCAUGGUGCCGGAAAAAAUUUUACCAAUCUGGUCAACGAUUGUGUCGGAUACUUCACUCCGGGCAUCUGGGCUGGCGUCGUCACGUCACUUCUACUCAUAGUCAUCCUCUACUUAGCAAUCUAUCUUAUGUUGGGUAUGCAGAUAAUGGACAGGUUUGACGACCCGAAAGGCAAGCCGUUAAACAUCCAGUCUUAGUUUUCAGUGUAACGUAAUUGUUGUGCAGUAUUCACAUGUAUGUGCAAUUGGUAGCUUAUUGGUAUGAAAUUUGAAUUACUCUAAAUUGAUCUCAA